GCGACACAUAAGGUUUCCAAUUAAGUUGGGAGAUUGAAAAGGUUAAAAAUCAUGAAUUAGCAAACUUUUGGAAAGUAUAAAGGGAAGGGUUUUGAGUGGAUAUAGCCCAAUUAAGUUGCUACUUUUUGGGGAGAAAUUAGGAUGUGGAGACUUAAGGUGGGAAAGGGAGAGAGGGAGGAAUAUUUGUUCAGUACAAACAACUUUAUUGGAAGACAAACAUGGGAAUUUGAUCCAAAUGCAGGCACUCCUCAAGAGCGAGCUCAAGUUGAAGCUGCUCGUCAAUCUUUUUAUCAAAAUCGAAAUCAUGUUCAAUGUAGUAGUGACUUGCUCUGGAGAUUCAAGUUUCUAGGAGAGAAAAAUUUCAAACAAACAAUUCCAAAAGUGGUGGUGGAAGAGGGAAAAGGAAAUGAGAAGGAAGUAAUGAUCAACACUGAAACCGUAAAGAUUGCAUUAAGAAGAGCUGCCACUUUCUUUGUAGCAUUACAAAGCGACCAUGGCCAUUGGCCUGCCGAAAAUGCUGGCCCUUUGUACUAUUUUCCUCCUUUGGUAUUCGCUUUGUACAUCACAAAAGAUCUUACAACUAUAUUUUCACAAGAGCAUCAAAAGGAAAUUCUUCGUUAUACUUACAAUCAUCAGAAUGAAGAUGGUGGAUGGGGAUUAUACAUUGUGGGAGAAAGUUGCAUGCUUUGUACUGUCCUGAACUAUAUUCAACUUCGUAUUUUGGGAGAAGAAGCUGAUAAAGAAGCUUGUUUUAGGGCUAGAAAAUGGAUUCUUGAUCAUGGAACUGCUCUUUACAUACCUUCUUGGGGAAAGAUUUGGCUUGCUGUAUUAGGGUUGUACGAAUGGGAGGGAACAAUCCCAAUGCCACCAGAAGUCUGGAUGUUUGGAUCAGAAAAAGUGAGUAUAAAUCCAGGAGCACUGUUUUGCUAUUGUAGAUUGACAUACCUUCCAAUGUCCUACUUAUAUGGAAAGCGCUUUGUGGGUCCUCUCACUCCUCUCAUUUUACAACUUCGUCAAGAAAUCUACACCCAAUCUUACACUCAUAUCAAUUGGAAUCCAGCUAGACAUUAUUGUGCAAAGGAAGAUAAAUGCUUUGAACGUCCAUUGAUUCAAAAGUUAGCAUGGGAUGCUCUUCAAUACUUCGGAGAGCCAAUUUUGAACAGCAAGGCGUUUAAAAGGGUUCGAAAUCGAGCUCUCCAAAUAAAUAAGCUCCACAUUGAUUAUGAAGAUCAUUGUAGUCGAUACAUCACAAUUGGAUGUGUCGAAAAGCCAUUAUGCAUGGUUGCUUGCUGGGCAGACGAUCCUAAUGGUGAAGCUUACAAGAAACAUGUUGCAAGAGUUAAAGAUUACCUAUGGGUUGGUGAAGAUGGAAUGAAGAUGCAAAGUUUUGGCAGCCAAUCUUGGGAUGCUGCCUUCGCCAUUCAAGCAAUUCUUGCUACUAAACUUCAUGAUGAAUUCGCAAACACACUAAAAAAAGGACACGACUUCAUAAAAAAAUCACAGAUAAAGGAAAAUCCUCAUGGAGAUUUCAAAAGAAUGUAUCGUCACAUAUCAAAAGGAGGAUGGACAUUCUCUGAUCAAGAUCAUGGAUGGCAAGUUUCUGAUUGUACAUCAGAAAAUUUAGUGUGUUGUUUGAUGUUAUCAACGAUGUCUCCAGAAAUUGUGGGAGAUCCUAUGGAACCACAAUGCUUUUUCGAUGCGGUUAACUUAAUUCUUUCCUUACAGGCAAAAAAUGGAGGAAUGGCAGCUUGGGAGCCAACUGGCACUGUACCUUCAUGGUUAGAGAAACUAAAUCCAGUGGAAUUCUUCGAAUACUCAGUACUGGAGCGUGAAUAUGUAGAAUGCACAUCAUCAGCAAUACAAGCCCUAGUUCUAUUUAAGAAGCUAUUUCCAAGUCAUAGGAGGAAGGAGAUUGAGAAUUUUAUAGAAAAGGCAGUAAAUUUCAUUAAAAGAAUGCAGAAAGAGGAUGGAUCAUGGUAUGGAAAUUGGGGAAUAUGUCACAUUUAUGCUACUUUUUUUGCCGUUAAAGGAUUAGUAGCAGCUGGAUACACUUAUGAUAAUUGCUUCCAAAUAUCAAAAGCUGUGGAGUUUCUACUUAAAAUUCAAUGUGAAGAUGGUGGAUGGGGAGAAAGCCAUAUUUCUUGUUCUAAAAAAGUACAUACUCAUCUUCCACACAAUGCUUCCAAUCUUGUUCAAACUUCUUUUGCUUUAAUGGCUUUGAUCCAUUCUCAACAGGCAAGGAGGGAUCCAACUCCUCUGCACCGUGCUGCCAAACUACUAAUUAAUUCUCAAUUGGAAGAUGGUGAUUACCCUCAACAGGAAAUAGCUGGAGUUUUUACGGACACAUGCAUGCUACAUUACGCACUAUACAGGAAUGUAUUUCCACUAUGGGCACUGGCAGAAUAUUAUAAUUUUGUUUCCUUUUCUUGACGUCUUUACCUCUUAGAUUUGAGGUAAAACAAUAUUUAUGUGUUGAAUAAUUAUAACGCGUUGUGAAACUAGUUGACAUUAUAAUAAAUAUGUC